UCUUCUACAAGACAGAAAGUCAUCCUGGAAGGAAACUGCACACAAAUCCACAGCAAAGACACCACAGGCACAGCAUCGACAGGUAGACUAUGGAUUGCUGGAAGGGAGCUGAAGGCCACAGCUGGAUUUGUCCCACGCUGAUCAUCUGUGCCAAUGGAUUUUUCUCCACAAUGAGGCCAUCAGAAGCUUUUCUCACUCCUUAUCUAACUGGACCAGACAAAAACCUAACAAUUGAAGAGGUUACCAACCAGAUUUUCCCAGUCUGGACAUACUCCUACCUUGCGCUCCUUUUCCCAGUCUUCCUGGUUACAGACUACGUGCGCUACAAGCCCGUCCUCCUCCUCCAGGGCAUCAGCUUCAUCGUCACGUGGCUCUUGCUCCUCUUCGCACACGGAGUGGUGGCCAUGCAGCUGGUGGAAUUCUUCUACGGGAUGGUAACAGCCACCGAGGUCGCCUAUUACGCCUACAUCUACAGCGUCGUCAGCACCGAUCGCUAUCGGAGAGUGACGAGCUAUUGCAGAAGUAUCACCCUUGCUGCAGCCACCGCUGCUGCCGUGCUGGGGCAGCUGCUGGUUUCCUUGGCAGACGUAUCCUACUUCCACCUUAACGCCAUUACCUUGGCCUCUGUCUCCCUGGCAUUCGUGUGCUCCUUUUUCCUCCCGAUGCCUCAGAAGAGCAUGUUCUUCCACAGGAAAGACAUCUCCCAGACUCCCCCAGGAGCAGACCAAGCUGCGGCUGCACCCGACCCCCCCAGGCCGUCGCGCUGCCAGGAGGACAAGAGCUCCGCACCCGCUGCCAGGGGACCGGCACCCGAGCGGCAGGAUGAUACACCCAGCCCCCAGCAGCACGUGCUGCGGGUACUGGUGCAGCUGAGCACCGACCUGAGGGAUUGCUACAGCUCCAGGAAACUGCUGUACUGGUCCCUGUGGUGGGCGCUGGCUACGGCCGGCUUUAACCAGGUGCUCAAUUACAUCCAAGUGCUCUGGGACUUCAGAGCCCCCUCCCACAGCUCUGCGGUGUACAACGGAGCUGUGGAGGCACUGGCAACUUUCCUGAGUUCAGCAACAUCCAUGGCAGUUGGAUACGUCAAAGUAAACUGGGAUCUUUCUGGAGAACUGGCUUUGGGGAUUUUCUCUGCAGUGGAUGCUGGGUCUCUGUUUCUCAUGCACUUCACUGACAACAUCUGGGCAUGCUACGCUGGUUACCUUGUGUUUAAAGCAUGUUAUAUGCUUCUUAUAACAAUAGCAACGUAAGUAUAAUACGCAAUGAUCUAACUAAAUUGAUUUAAAUCAGUAAAUGUACAUUUUUAAAUGUAUCAAGUUUUUACUCAGUUUCCCUAGGCAUCAGAUUAUCGGAUAAUAGUUCAUGCCAGCAGCACGUAUUAUUUCUAGCUUAUAUAAAACUAUGCUUAAAAUCAUACGACCUCACCACUACAAUAGGUUACUCCAAGUCAGAAACUGCCUUAUUCUGCAUUUAGCUGUUCAUUCAUCUAUGUAUAAAUAUUCUCUAAAUGAUCAAGUGAAUAUACAGAGGACUUUAUUUAGCAAAAAACCCCACUCAAAUAAAUAAGAGUAUGCACAAGUGCCGUAGCCAGAAAACCAAGGGAUUUCUGCCACAACGAAGCUGUUAAAAGUUUAAUAGCCAAGAUUGAACAGGCUUUACCCUUUGAAGAAACUGCUGUGCACACUAAAUUGUUCCCAAACUUCCUCCUAUACAUAAACUGCAAACAUCCUUGCUUCCAUAGCUUAGUAACCUGAACAUUCAUUUUCAGGUUUCAGAUUGCCGUCACUCUAAGCAUGGAGCGUUAUGCUUUGAUAUUUGGCUUCAACAACUUUGUUGCACUGGUGAUUCAGACAAUUUUAACAGUUGUUGUAGUAGAUUCCAAAGGUCUGGGACUGAGCAUCAGCACCCAGGUAAGCUGCAUUACUCACACUGCUGUCAGUCCCCCUGCCCUCCUCCAAAAGAUGGUCCUACUGCAGGAUUAGGCUUUGGGAAGAUACUAGGUAGCGUGAUAGCUUAGAACAGUUACUCACUUGAAAAACAGGUUCAUUUAAAGUGAGUUGACAGUAGCUACUACAUCCUACUUGUCCUCUAGUCCUGCAAAUUUUGCAUUUCUGCAAUAAUUUUAAGAAUAUUUUCAGAGCACGGGGGAAAGACCACCAGUAUUACUCAGAUUGGCUUGUUUUUUUAAUUCCCCACUCAGGUUUACUGUUCACAAAUUUACUGUCAAAAUACCCAAACAGAAGCAGGAAUCAAGCUGAAAUACAGUCUAUGGGUCUACUGCUAGGGUAAUCCUAAAUUAUAUAGUUUCAUUGGACGCACCUUUUAAGUUACUGCGAUUCUGAAAGUUAACUAAUCUCAUGAUUCCCCGCUGUAUUUCUAAAUUUACAGUUUAAACUUAUGUACUGAAUGAUGUCCAAGUCUCUUAACUUCCACCUUUUCAGCAAAGAGUCAGAAAGUGCAGAGCUGCCGUCCUCCCUUACCGAGGUGGGGAGGGGAAGCAUGUAACAGCGUUCCCUCCCCCUCCUUUUACAAGCACAGACAUCCAACUGUAGGGAGAAAAGCAGCCAGGCUUCUCGAAUCCUUUCAAGAUGGGAUCGUUUUGGGGCUUGGGUGACAGAGAAGGGAAGGCAGCAGUGGAGCGACGCCCCUUAAUUUAUCAGCUAACAGCAAAAGUAGUUUUUGACUUUUCCUUCCUCCUUCCCUACCUCCAUUUCCCAGUUUCUCAUUUAUGGCAGCUACUUCACAUUCAUAGCUGGAAUCUUCCUCAUCAGAAGCGUAUAUACCAUUCUCUCCAUCAAAUGCGGAAACACCAGGGUGGCUGGUGAAAGCGUGGAUCGUUAACAGCGACACAAAGUAAGGUUGCGAGCAACAGCGCAGAAGGCUGCGUCAUCCGAACCAUGAGUUUGGAGAAACACAACGCCCAGUCGAGCAAGGCUGGUCGAUGGUGAAACAGGCUGUUAUGAGCCUACAGCAUGAAGAGCUUUGUCAACCGAAUGGUGCAUUUUACCCAUUUUCCUCACCAGAAAUUUAAUACCAAACCAUCCUCAAUCUUCUAUUUCAACUCAAAUUUAGUCAUCUGACACCAAAACUUCUACUGAUGCUCCACGAGGACAGCAAGCAAGUGCAUACAGAUGCCUGACCUCGCAGUGGAAGAGCUGAUAGAACACAACCUUUCAACUUUCGCUUCUAUCGAGUUAAAGGCAAUUUAGUCAUACACAUGACCUCCAGACAUUCCUAGGGAAUCUAAAGCAGCAGUUGCCUCAUAGCAGCAAGGUGAUGUGGUAGAAACCUUGCCACAGAAGCCAUCUGAAAACUUCAGACAUUUUCAACUGGAAGUAGUGACAUGCAUUUUUAAAGCAAGUGAAGAAGUAGCAAUAAACCAUUUCUUUUUCCAGAAGACACUAUUUCUGUACGUUCAAAGGUGGAUUACUACAAUGCUACACAGCAUAGUAAUACCACCAUUUUAGUUUACAAGUGUCAUUUCAGAUUCCACAGAGUAGACUCUUCAGAAACCUGAAGGAAAACAUGCUAUUACAUACAGAUAAACUGCUACUGAAGCAGUAACAGCUUUACUGAGGGUUUAUUGGGAUGUAUGGAUACAACACAAACCUUCCCUCCGAAAGUCUGUUCGAUAAGCACAUGCAUUACUUGUGUCUGACAACUGCCAGGACACACACACACACCCCUUAUCUCUGGAAAAAAAACACCUUCCUAAACUUCUUAAAAUUAAGAAUUGAAGUGUCUUCCCAUGGCUUACACAAGGCACCCUUACAAAUAGCAUGACUAAAGGUUUAGCUAUAACUAAAGCUGAUCAGGGAAUGUUCUUUCAAUUGUGUUCAGUGAUGUCCACUUUGGAGUCACCUAUAUCUGAUAGCAGCAAAUUUCAUUGUUCUUUUACCACAACUUACAGAUUUGCCAGGAGUCAGAAGUAACAUUUCCCCCAAUUCAGCUCACAAAAAAAUUUAAAUCAUUAAUUCCUCAAAACCCAGGCUUUUAAAAGCUGCUUCAGCUUGCCUUUAUGCCCCAGUAAGUUUUCCUUUCAAGAAGGCAGAAUACUUGCAUCAUAUUUAUAGUUCUCUUUCAGGAAUUCCAAUUAAAUUUGGUCUUUUUCAAAUGAAAUUCUUGCCUCAGCAUUUGUUUCAACAUGGUGCUUGGGAGUUUGCAGCUUUUAAGUAACUUCAAACUGCAGUACCUGGGCAUCACAUCUGCCUUGUAGAACUCGGGAUGUACCACUUACAGCAUCUUCUCACACACAUGAGAGCUGACAGAAGUAUUAAUUUAGAAGGUGUCCAAAUUAAUUUCUGCGUAGAGAGGGCUAUCAAGUGAAGUGCUUGGAUGCUAAAGCAGAAGAGGAUACUGAAAAGCUAGUGAAGUACAGGUUUUUGGCAACUACACUAGCUGCAUGAACUGCAGAGAUUUCUAAAACAAAAGCAUUUGUAAUCAAUGGUCAAGAAUUAGUUUUGUAAAUAUAGGUAUUUUAAAACUCAAAAUGAACAAAACAGCUAUGGUGUCAGUUUCUUCUCAAUAUAAAGACGACUCAAAACAAUAUAAGAUCUUCAGCUACUUGUCUGGAGUCUGAUAAACUCAAAGUUAGUGAACACUGGACAGAUGUGGUUGUGCGUAGUGAAAGUUGCCAACCUUUUAUCUGCAUUCAAGCUAGUUACAAGAAAUAAGGUAUUCCACUAUUUAUGCAGCAUAAUCUAAAACUAUAUGCUUUGCAUACUCAAAUGAAAUUCAGUAUCUCUUUGCAGUAAUCAGCUUCACUUGGAUCAGAAUAUAAAUUUCCAUAGAUACUGAUUUCAUUAGCCCUUGCCCAAAGCCUAAUUUACAUUUACGAUUUGCAAAUUUAGGUAAGGAGAGCACAGGAUUGUUGUCCUUCUACGAGGCUGUUCAUCUCACUGAUGAGACAUUUGGUUGAUUUCAUCCCGCUCCCUGAAAUAAGCAUAUUUACCUGUUCCAGAAGUCCUUCUGAACCCCUGCAGUUCCCCGCUCUCUACCUCAUUUAUGUGUUACUAUCUCAAAACAGGUAAGGUCAACAACAGCGAGGAACUACAGCUCUUUAUACUAUACUAAAAACCAGUGGUGAGAGCAGGGGCAUUGCUAACAUUUCUGAUACCCUCAGCUGCUGGGGAUUUGUUUAGUUUAAUUCCCUAGAUUCUCUGGGAAAUUCACUAUACACCGUGCUCUAUCCAGCAGUCCUCAUCAGAAGGAAAAGAUUUUUAAGUCUGUUUUAACUUUAAAUACUUACAUGUCUGGUUUUAGUCCCAUUGGCAUAAGGCAUGCCACUAUAAGCAGCUUAUUGUAUAAGCUGUCUGUCUCCUGUUUUAGGAUCUCCAAAGCUUCAAAGAAAGAGAAGACACAGAAAUUACUACCCACCCCUCCAUAGGCAGGCAACAGGUCAACAGCACUGGUGUGUGUGUAUUUACAAGCAGUGGUCAAGUCUUUCAGCUCCCCUAGAAAUAAGCAGAUCUAACAGUCCAGCAGUCAAGUACAAGUGCAAGGUCUUCAAGAAUUUUCAUGUUUAUCUCAAAUGGGCUUGCAUAUACUUUCCUCACACCCGCCCGCCUCCAUCCCAAAAUCAAAUCUUAUUUAUUCCCCUUAUCGUGAAAGCUGUAAGAAUUUUACUCUCUAGCUGGUCAGAAACCUUUAAGCUUGCAGUUUAUGUAUUCAUCAUAUAUUUACGUUGUUUGCUUAGUUCCAGUAUUACACUUGAACUUAGGCCAAGUUAUCUCUGUUUAAAACACUGUCACCAACUACUCUGAUGCACUUACAUUUUUCUUGACCCUUCUCACUACUACAGACUAGGCAAGCCAGACAUUUUUCCCCCUCUAAAAAUUCCAUUCUAGUAUGGCAGUGAACAUUCCAGUAAAAAAAUAAAAAAUUGAUGGAUUUAAUAUUCCACAGAAGGUCUUGCUAAUACAUAUCAAUUUUUAACAAAAAGAAUACCAUUACAUCUGUGGUACCUUGGCCUAUUACAGACUGUUCUGAUAACAACUAACUCCCAAAGACUGUCAUUAGCUACCCAUAAUUUCACAUCUUUUGCAGCUAACUAAAUUCCUGAGUAACUACCCUCCUCAGUUACUUCCAGCGUCCCUCAUUACACAGACUGUUAUUAUUUGUUAUUAUUCUGUCAAAAUAAUCCAAGUUCACUCGACAUUUUCCUGUUCAAUAGGUCACUUCACUUGAGCUAGAACAGCAAGCUCAAUCACAAGGACACAAAGAAAUAUAUCCAAGUGAGGCA